AAAUCAGUUAACAAUCUAAUCAGAAAAAUGAAGAAAUUGUUAAAUAAUUAUAAUUAAGUUUGGUAAAAGUAAAAGUUAUAUUCUAAGUAGGAAUGGUAAUUCUCAUAAUCAUUAACAUUUUCAACAACUCAUAAGCAUAUUUGUUGUUCAGUAACUUAAAAUGGAAAAGUUAUUGAAACAACUUAUGGUAGUUGAUAAUGUUGUAUGUGUGAUUAAAUUAUUCCUAAGAAUGGUCUCAUCUUAUUUGCUUUUAAAUUUAUUGAAAUAUCUAAUAAUAUGAUUGGAAUUGGUUUUAGAGAUAUUAUGUAGAGUAGGAAUUAUGUAAAUUGUUAUGAUAUUGGACAAGGGUAUAUAUUAUUAUAUUAAUAGUUCAUAAUAGAACAUAUAAUAUAUUUUAUAAUGGUUAAUGUUAUAAUCAUGAUUAAUAAGUAAACAUUGUUAAAUCAGUAGCAUUUAAAUUUACAACUAAUGAUAUAAUAAUAGUUGAAGUGGAUAUCAAAAAGAAGUAUGUGAAAUGGACAAGGUAAUCCACAAAUCAAUCAUUUGUAUCAAUUUCAAUUUUUAUUAUUAGACUCUAUCUAUUGAUACAUCCAAAGAUUUGUAUCCAUGUUUACAUUUAUGUGGUAAAUGUAAAGUAGAAAUAUUAAAUUAAAUGUUCUAAUGA